AAACCCUACUCCCUCCCGUUCAGCCGCAGCUGAUGAUAGCCAAUCUGUUAGCUGCAAACGCUACGGAACUUAGCAAACAGCUAGUGUAGCGUCUUUAUGUGUACGAGGGUUUAGCUGACUGUCAAAUAAAUGUGCUGUUUUAGAGUUUAGCAAAGGUGCGUUGAGUAAUAUUGACGGGUCCUGUAAAUGUGCCCCUAAACUUUACAGGCGCGUGAGUACGCCGCGUAGUUCAAUGCUACUUACGUUAGCUAACUUGUGCAGUUUGACAGUAAGAUCAGAGGAGUGUACAGCUAACCGCGCUAGCUAACUGCUAGCUGGUUUGUAGCUGGCUAGUUAGCGGUCUGUUUUGUUAACUAUUUCGGCCUGACUCGACUGAGCUUGAAUGCUGCUGUUUUUUCAAGUGGUAGCAACCCAUGCAAGCCCUGGAUGAGAACUGGACCUGAGCCCUGGGCUGUCUAUGAUGUUCAAAACCUUUUUCGUUGCAUCAACUGACCUCUCCUGGUCCAUUUAACCAACCAUUAUUACUCCUAAACAAUCCAACAUUUCUGCUUGGCAACAGGAUGAUCAUUCAAGCUGACCCCACCCAGUUUACUGGGACAAGAAUACCCCGGUACCAAGCUCUCCAAAUGAUAUGAUAGUAGCCACCUGGAUCACUUUUUGUGCUUGCAGGAGCCUAGCACAGGUUCUGAUCUUACUUUCCUCCUCAAACUCCCUUUCCCCGUUCUGGGAGACCUUUGUCACAGUGGUUUCUGGCACUGGAACCAUGGGUAACAGCUGUGUGUGCCGGGAGGAUAGUGAUGUGGAGGAUAUUCACCAUGGAUCGUCCAGGGCAACUCAGGGACAAGCUAGGCGGGUGGAUCACGGUACAGGCUUAGGUGUUGAUGCCGGUGAGGCGCGGAGCAGUCGACCCAGGGACCCAGUCAGGCCGCCACGUCGAGGGCGGGGACCCCAUGAGCCAAGACGGAAGAAACAGAAUGUGGAUGGCCUGGUGCUGGACACAUUGGCUGUCAUCAGGACACUUGUAGACAAUGACCAGGAGCCCCCUUACUCCAUGAUCACUUUGCACGAGAUGGCUGAGACAGAUGAUGGUUGGCUGGAGGUUGUCCAGUCUCUGAUUCGAGUGAUACCAUUGGACGAUCCUCUUGGCCCUGCAGUGAUAACCCUUCUAUUGGAUGAGUGUCCCCUGCCCACCAAGGAUGCUCUCCAGAAACUGUCUGACAUGUUGAGUCUGAGUUCGGCAGUAGCACGACAGGACGCUCUAAUCCCGGCUAAACACAGAAACACCACAGCUGUCCUAGGAUGCCUGGCAGAGAAAUUGGCUGGUCCUGCUAGUAUUGGACUGUUGAGCCCUGGAACCCUUGAGUACCUUCUAGAGAGCCUGAGCUCUGAGGCCCACCCUACGGUCAUGCUGUUUGCUCUCAUCGCUUUGGAGAAGUUCUCCCAGACCAGUGAGAACAAACUGACGGUGUCUGAGUCAUGUAUCAGCAAUCGACUUGCUGUCCUGGAGUCGUGGGCGGAGAACCCUGACUACCUGAAGAGGCAGGUCGGAUUCUGCUCCCAGUGGAGCCUCGACAACCUGUUCCUCAAGGAUGGUCGUCAGUUCACCUACGAGAAGGUAAACCUCUCCAAUAUCAACGCCAUGCUCAACAGCAACGAUGUCAGCGAGUACCUUAAGAUCUCCCCUUCUGGACUAGAGGCACGAUGUGAUGCCUCGUCCUUUGAGAGCGUGCGUUGUACAUUCUGUGUAGAUUCAGGCGUUUGGUACUACGAGGUGACGGUCAUUACAUCCGGCGUGAUGCAAAUCGGAUGGGCCACCAAGGACAGCAAGUUCCUCAACCAUGAGGGUUACGGGAUAGGAGACGAUGAAUACUCAUGUGCGUACGAUGGCUGCAGGCAGCUCAUCUGGUACAACGCUCGCAGUAAACCUCACGCUCACCCCUGCUGGAAGGAGGGAGAUGCCAUCGGCUUCCUGUUGGACCUCAGCAAGAAGCAGAUGAUCUUCUUUCUAAACGGACAACAGCUGCCAGCAGAGAAACAGGUCUUCUCUUCAGCCACGUCCGGUUUCUUUGCGGCAGCCAGCUUUAUGUCAUACCAGCAGUGUGAGUUUAACUUUGGGGCCAAGCCUUUCCGUCACCCACCGUCUGUCAAGUUCAGCACCUUCAAUGAUUUUGCUUCACUGCUGCCUAGUGAAAAGAUCAUCCUACCCAGACACCGGCGUCUGGCCUUACUAAAGCAGGUUAGCAUCCGAGACAACUGCUGCACGCUGUGUUGUGACGUCAUGGCUGACACAGAGCUGCGGCCCUGUGGACAUGGUGGUAUGUGUAUGGAGUGUGCCUUACAGUUAGAGACGUGCCCCUUGUGCCGCCAGGACAUCCAGACCCGCGUUAGACUCAUUGCACACGUCUCCUGACAAACCUCCUGCCCCUUCUCUAAUAAGGAGAAACACCCAAGCCCUACAGCCUCCUCCUCUAAUGCCCUCUCACCCAGCAGGGCUGUGAGGACAGGGCCACAAUGUUGUGAUGAUACAACAACUGUGACUUCUGGUAAGCGGAGGCGACGACGAGAGGUGGAGAGAAGAAAAAGAGGAGAUAAGAGGAGGGGAAAUAAACCUCAGCUGGAUCCCCAGGAGCUUUCUCCCAUUUACCUUCAUCUCCUCUUUUGUAUCCUUCUUAGCAACUUACUGCAGAAGCUGGGCCAAGAAUCAUCAUUUCUACCAAAAGUGUGUAUUUCAGACAAAAAGAGCAGAAGUGAACGGUAAAAACAAAUUUACCCGAGAUUACAGACGGAUCCAACCUCUCAUCUGCAAGCCCGUGUGUAGAGUCAUCAGACAUCCUUUCCAUAAUAUGAGGAUCUCACUGAGCUUUCAGCCCAGAGGCUACUAGUAUUUAAUCCCAUCGUCGUCAUGCACACGUCUGCUGAUCUGAAAGGGCAGGCUAGCAGAAAGGAAUACAGCCUGUAGUACAGGAUUAAACUCAAGGUACAGAGACAUUUGAGAUAAAUCUCACUUUCAUGUUUUUUUGGGUAUAGAUAUGCGAAUUAUGGAGUUCUCGAGGUAGCAUUUUCAUUCUCUUUUUUUCCAAGGUUAUAGCAAAACCUAUCCUUUGGUCAGCUUCCCUGUCUGUACAAAUUGAUUGCCCACUGGUAGGAUUUGCCAUUGGAAAAAAAGACUUCCUUGGGUAAAAUAUCAGAUUUUGAAUGCUUUAAAAUUGAGUUAUUCAGAGAGUUUAGUUUUCCAAUUCGGUUUACAAAAUUAAAUGUUCAAAAUCAGCUGUCCCACUACUUCCUGUAAACUACCUUGAUGACAAAAUUCUUAACCUACUGAAAUCUACAGUAUAUCAGAAGUAACUGAUUUUAAGCAUGGCUGACCCUGCUGCUUUUUGUGCUUAAUCGUCUUUGCUCGGAUGUUGGAAUUUCUUCAGUCACAUAUGGAAGUAUAAAAUUAGUUUUCCACCACCACCUUUUGAAUUUAUUUUGGAUUGCUUGAUAGUUGAAACCUUUGGCAACAACUUGUAAUUCAGCUCAACAAUGAGUCAGGCUCCAUUGAUGUGCAGCAUAAGUAAAUAUGUUAUAAUUUCUGUUUGUAAUGACAAACCCCUGCGUCUGUACUGAGACGACCAUUUUCAAUCCUCAAGAUCUGAUUUAAUUUUGUAUUAUAAAUUAUGGUGAUCGAUGAUGUAGAAACCUGGUUGUGAGGUACAACAGGUUUUGUUGAUUGACAGUGUUGUAUUAGCCGAUCAGUGAAUUGCUUAAAACAAAUGUGACAUGUUUUAAGAGAAUAUAUAAUUCCUCCGUCAGUUUACUAAAUAUCCCAGGGUCAUUUUUAAGAUGUUGUCAUUCUAGGUCUGAUUUGGCAGUGAAAUACUUCACACGAGUCAGCAAAGAAACCACCCACCACAACAUAGUGACAUGAGCUGAAGUCUGGGCUUUAGUACAGGAAAGAAAGUUAAUGUAUGCAACUAAACACAGCAUACACAAUUGAUCUUGUCAAAUGAAGUUUAUCAGAUUGGAAGUGUAUCUUUCAGACUGAGUAAAAUGCGGUUUCCCUCUUUGUGCUUUACAGAACAUAAAUCUCUCUGCUCUCAUUUAGCCAAUUCUUCUUUCAUCUUCCCCCCUCUGUCUUUAUAAAAACCUUGUGCUUUUCUCUGACUUUCUGUCCAUCCUUUACUUGAAGCGUCUCUGGGUCGACUUAACUACAUUUAUAUUUGGGAAACCAGUGAGGAAAUGAGAUCCAGUGACAUUUCAAAUGAUUACACUGAAUACGUUUCCAUCUAUUUUGGUCAAGUUAUUUAUGGAAGUGUUACUACACCUCCAAAUUGCAUGAACAGGAUCUGUAAAACCAUUCAGACUACUGGAAUUAUUUCUAAAAGGUAACAUGCAUCUGUCAGUAGAACAAAAGACUGGUCUGGUCACUGUUUGCUUUGUUGUAUUUCUGGAGCACCUUAUACUGUACACGCAGGUGAGAGAAUUAAAUUAGCUUCUAUGGCUUGAGAUGACAUUCGGGAUUGUAAAGAUUCGUCGUGGAUUGUAUUUAAAACAUCUAUUAAGGAAUUUUGCCCCACAUUUCCCAAAGAUGUGAUUGAAGAAUUGUUUCCUGGGUUGUGAUAUUUGUAAUAAAUGUAUGUUCAUGUGA